GUGGCAGGAAGUCCAAAAGUGAUGAGUUUUGAGUGUUUAUGACAGUGUGAAUGGGUGGAGUGCUUAGUUUGUCCCACAUUGAACAUCAGACAAUACUUUGGUUUGGGUGUUUGAGUGUUCAAGAUGUCAAAGAACGGUGCAUUCGGGCAUAUGAGUCAGGCUGUGUCAGAUGGAGAGUUGAACAUGUCUGCUCGUGGCUGUGGAGGCAGUAGCUCCAGUCUUCCAGGGACCCCAGGAGCAGGUGAUCCGGCCAACAGUGUGCUCCGAUGGGCUGUCUCCUUUGAAAACCUCUUGGAGGACCCCUUUGGUGUACGCUACUUCACGGCCUUUUUGAUGUCUGAGGUCAGUGCAGAGAACAUCUUAUUUUGGCAGGCCUGUGAAAAGUUCAAGAAAAUUCCUGCAACGUCUUUGAAUGAACUGAAGAUAGCGGCCCGCUCCAUGUAUAACAUGUACCUGUCUGAAAGCGCUCCAUACUCUGUGAACAUCGAUGACACGGUGCGGGUCGGGGAGCAGGACCUGGAACAACCUGUCCCUGACAUGUUUAACAAGGCUCAGGCUCAGAUUUUCAAACUGAUGAAGAUGGACAGCUAUCGCCGCUUUGUGCGCUCUCCAUUGUACCAGAGCUGCACUUUGACCAGUGUUGAAGGGAAACCUCUGCCUCCUCUGUCCUCAGAGGCAAAUAAAGGAUCCCGAGACAAUGUGAACAAGAGCCCUCGCAGUGAUAAGAAGAACAGAAAGUCAGACUUCAGCGGCUUAAGAAAUAAACAUGAGAAAAGAGGAUCCUGGGGAGAAGUAGAAGCUUCAGCAGCACAUAUUUUGGUCUCCCGAAAAGAAUCCCAAAUGUCAUCAAAGUCCACCAGCAGUGUGGAGCUCGGCUCCCUCUACAGGCAGAUUGAGAAUGGGAGGCCUAGUGCUCUGUCCUCAGAUGACAGUGGGCGUGGCCACCUUGGGGUAGAAGGAGGUUAUUGCUGUGUGUAUCUGCCCGACGGUAGUGCCUCUCUAGCCCCCACUCGUCCUGGACUGCCCAUCCGAGACAUGCUUCAGGGUCUGUGUGAGAAGAGAGCCUUCCCUCUCAAAGAUGUCAUCAUUUACCUUCAUGGCAAGGACAAGCAGCAGCCUCUGUCUCUGGACCAGGACUGUGCUGUCCUCCGGGAUCAGCAGGUGUCUCUGGAGCUCAGGGUGACAUUUGCCCUGGAGAUUGUAUUCACUGGUAAGACAGUGGGCAUAAUGGUAAAGUCCAGUAAGACCCUACAGGACGCCCUGUCUGCAGUGCUGCAGAAGCACCACCUCAAACUACAUGAGGUGCAGCUUUCAAUGGCUGGGAGCGAUGCACCAGUGAACAUGAACACCAGUGUGUUCAAAGUGGCCAACAAGACACUUCGACUGGACAAAGCCAAAGGGAAGGACCCAAACAUUUCUAAAGGUGGUGAACAUACAUCCACUACACAGGCUGUAACAGGGACUGAAGGACACAAGGAGUUUCGAACACAAUCACUCAAUGAGAGGAACAGAGGUCAGCCCAAGCCCAGGAAGAACCGCGACAUGGACGGGUUUCUGGACAUGCUGACCAGAGCACAGUGCUGCCGCGUGGACGACCAGAGGGGACUCCUGACCAAAGAGCAGCUCGAGGUCCCUCUCUUUCUGCAGCAGAGCCCCGAAAAUGGAGCAGUGAAAUCAGAUGACACCCCACCUUCUCCCCAUCCCGCAGAUGAAGAGAACCCGGACAGUAAAAACCAAGAGAGUCCAACAGAAGAAAACACCAAAGAUGUGAGAGAAACUGAUCUCUGAGCCUGUGUGGGAAAUAUGUACAUAGACAAAAUGAACUCAGCUGAGAAGCACUUUUGUUGCACAUAAGGAAAGAAAUUAUUUAGUAAUCUUUGAACACUACAAAAGCCAGUGUUGGACGUAGAAGCACUGAAAUCUGUGAGGGGAAAACAUUAAUUUAUUCCACAAUGUUUGGAACGUUUUGGAUCUUUCUCACAGAAAAUACGCUCUUAUUUAAAGUCAAACAUGUUGCAGGGCCAGAGACUUGUCAAUUGAAUUUUAGUGUGUACCUUUUUAUUGUGGCUUUUGAAAACUUGUGUAUUUAACAUUGUAUGCCGUUUGUGCUUACUGUUUCUAUUGUGUGCAAUGGUUCUUGAUACAUCCCGUUUGCUGUGAUGGCACUUCGACAAGCCCUGGCCACUGUUUCUGCCCCUUGCAUUUAGUGCGACUCCAUAAAGAAAUCUUCUGAAGAGCGGAAUGAACUGAAUGAAACUUAUAAGCUUUGAGAUUUUGUAGAAAUCAUUAAAUGUGUAAA